AUGUCUUCGCGUCGCCAACUUACUUAUGAAAUGAAAAUGUCUCUUGUGGAUCAAAUCCGCAACAAUCCAUAUCAAUCAACAAAAGAUCUACAGAGAUUUUUCUUUGAUAGAUAUCACUGGGAAAUCUGUCAAACAACCCUUUCAUGUAUUCUCAAGAAGGAGGGUCUAGGUAUUAAAAAACAAGGUGGUAAAGGUCGUAACAGUUCUGGAGCUCAUUAUGAUUCUUCUUCUAUGCAACAAAAUGGCAUUCAGGAAAAACAACAUCACCACCAACACCAUCAUCAACAACAACACAACCAACAAUCUUACUAUUCCAACAAUUAUCAUCAACAAUACUAUUCUCGAACACCUCCUCCUUUUGAUCAGCCACAGCAACAGCAGCAGCAACAACAGCUACCAUCAAUUGACACAUUUUUUUCACAAAUCUCAUCAUCUCCUUCACCACCACAUCAAACUCCAUCACCACAACCUCAGCAGGCCCCAUCACCUCGAGGAUACAAAAUUUACAAUACAGACAUUUUGUGUACAGCAAGUAGUGAAAAUGAAAAUGAAAAUGGAAACAAACAAAGCCACCACUACCAACACACGGACGAGAUUGUGGGCAGGGGAGAUGAGCACGAAGAGCAAUUGGAAGAGUCACCAUCUUUCAGACUUCAAAGUCGGCCGACUCAGGGCCAUCAAUCCCCACCUACCCCACCAGACCACCACCACCACCAUCAUAAUCACCACCAUAAUCACUACAGUCACAACCACAACCAACAUGUUCAAUAUCAUCAUCACCAAAUGAACCAAUACAAAGCAUCAUCAUCUUCUUCUUCUUCAUCUUGUUCUUCCUCUUGUUCCUCUUCUCCAAGUGAAUUACCAAUGGCGUCUACCUAUCAACAAACCCCCCGCGGUAGUUCCAAUAUUGGUGGGUGCGGACCACAGGCCCAGGCUCCAUGCAGCAACCAUUUGCCGCUAGCAGCCCCGCACAUGCACGGCGGCCAAGCGGCCCCGCUACCACCAAUGGCUGUUGUUGCUGGCGCCGCACCUUCAGCACACUCACCGCCGCAGCACCCGUAUCCGUACUCGCGCCAACUUGGUCAUGACAAUAGCAACACUGCACAUUACCCUUCUUCGGUAACUGCACCGGUGUCGUCAUCAUCAUCUUCUUCUUCAUCUUCCUCAUCAUCAUCAUUAUCAUCAUCAUCAUCAUCAUCAUCAUCAUCGUCGACUCUACGCAGUGACUUUUACGAUAUUAAUAUUAUUAAUCCAGAUGUGAAGAGGUUCCGACCAAGUUCACAGUAUCAGCAACUUGAAAAAAUAGUGUUACGGUUGGCGUGCGAGUUGCACCGACAAUAUGCAGCAGAGUCUUCACGACAUUUGCCUUCACCGCCAACAUCCCCGCAGCAGCAUUACUAUACUGGAGGUCAUAAUGAUCAUGAAAAGGGAAGUAAGCAACCCCAGCUGACUCCUGCGGCUAAAAGUGAGAUGGUAAAAAGAAUUAAAAAGGAAAUCUUAGCCGGGACUCAGUACCGUGAUGUACAAAAGCCACUUUAUUUGAAUCAAUUUAUUCACAAGUGUUUAAAGAGGUAUCAAUUUAGCAAUGAGUUGAUUUCUAGGUUGCAAUGA